CGUCCCUCCCAUUUCAUUUUCUCUCUCUCUCUUCAAUCUCGCUUUCAUUCAUAUCAAUGGCGAAAGGUCCUGGUCUUUACUCUGACAUUGGCAAGAAGGCCAAAGAUCUUCUCUACAGAGAUUACCACAGCGAUCAGAAGUUCACUGUCACCACCUAUUCUCCCACCGGAGUUGCUAUUACUGCAUCUGGAACAAAGAAAGGAGAACUGUUCUUAGCUGAUGUUAAUACUCAGUUGAAGAACAAGAAUAUUACUACAGAUAUCAAAGUAGACACAAACUCCAAUCUUUUCACAACCAUCACAGUUAAUGAACCUAUUCCUAGGUUGAAGACAAUCCUUAGUUUCAGAGUACCUGAUCAAAGAUCUGGAAAGUUGGAGGUUCAAUAUCUACAUGACUAUGCUGGAAUCAGUUCAAGUAUCGGAUUGACAGCAAACCCUAUUGUAAACUUCUCUGGUGUUGUUGGAUCACAUGGUCUUGCACUAGGAACUGAUGUUUCUUUCGAUACAAAGGAAGGAAACCUAACUAAACUAAACGGUGGAAUAAGUUUCUCGAAUGCUGAUUUAAUCACAUCCUUGACUCUGAAUGACAAGGGCAAUGCUCUUUCUGCUUCGUAUCAUUACACGGUUAGUCCAUUGACCAGCGUGGGAGCAGAGAUGACUCAUAUCUUCUCAACUAACGAGAACGUGUUCAAUUUUGGUACUCAACAUGCUUUGGAUAGGUUGACUACGGUUAAGGCUAAGGUUAACAAUUUUGGAAAGGCUAGUGCUUUGAUUCAGCAUGAAUGGAGGCCGAGGUCACUUUUCGUUGUUUCCGGAGAAGUUGAUACUAAGUCUAUCGAUAAGAAUGCUAAGUUUGGUUUGGGUUUGGUUCUUAAGGCGUAGAAGGGGAUGGGGAGUAUGUGUUUCGGUUUUUGGAGUAGUAGUAAUAAGAUGAGACCAAUGGAUCUGGUGAAUUUGAAAUUUGGUUUUUAGUUUUGGGUGAUGAUAAUAACUCUCUACAUUUUAACCUGAGCAAUUUGUUUGCCUUAGGUCAGAAUCUUCUAGAAUAUUCCUUGUUGAACAGAGGAUGAGUUUUUUUUUUUUGGGAUAUUUGUAGCUGGUUCUUUCUGUUUUUUUGGUAAUGCCAAAAGACCAAAAUUUUAUA